AUACCGCCACCUAUCGGUCGGGGUCAACUUUUACACAUCCCGCAAAACAGAAGUAGCUAGCUAGCUAUUAAGACGGUGAUCACCAUGGACCAACGCCACCAGUCCCACCACAGACCACAACAUCCAAACUCCAAUCACCACGACAACCACCAGUCAACAUUCAAGAGAGACAUGGAUGACAGUGGGAGAGGUCAUUUCCAACACAAGCGCUUCAGACCCGGUCAUCAGAACCAUCACCAGGCUGGCCCUUCAACACCUCCAUCCAGCCCCCCGACCCAGAGCCUGAGCGUACAACGACAGCUGUACGAGAGAGACUUCCCCUUAUACAAACAGCCUGUGGAGGUGGGAAAUUUCUCCCUGGACUCUGAGCGCAGGUUUUUCAACGACGCCCGGCAGCUGCGUUACUACAUGGAGCCAGAGAAGAGUUGUCCUAACUUCGACCUGAGGGACGGGUACAGGGGCCGCUUCGUCAAGAGGGACGACAGGGUGAAGGAGAAACUGGACCACAUCCUCAGAUGGAUCCUGGCAAACAGGUCCAAGCUGCAGUCGAAGGACACAGCUGCUUCUUCUUCCCCAUGUGCAUUAGGUGUAGACAUUGUGACAUGGCGCGGCCACCUGACCAAGCUGUUGACCACGCCCUAUGAGACCCGGGAGGGCUGGCUGCUGGCUGUGACCAGGAUGGGGGGGACACUGUACAUCAGUGAGGUGGAGACCGAGGCUGCACGCCGGGACCGGGAGAACCGCACCGAGAGGCACGAGGAGAUGAUGUACUGGGGGUACAAAUUUGAACAGUACACCUGUGCAGAUGACGCCCGGAGUCUUCCAGAUCCAGGUGGGGUUGUGAACACCAACGAGGCCUUCUGCACUGUGGUCCAGACCCGGCUAGCUGAGCACAGACUGCUGUUCUCUGGCGAGGUGGACUGUCGGGACAAAGACCCCAAGGCCCCGUCUCCUCCAGCCUGCUACAUCGAGAUGAAGACCUCACUGGAAAUCUCCACCCCCAAACAACGCAGCAACUUCCACAGGUUUAAACUACUAAAGUGGUGGGCCCAGUCCUUUCUUCCUGGGGUGCCGCGAAUCGUAGCCGGUUUCCGUGAUCAUGACGGAGUGGUUGUGUCUGUGGAGACUUACCACAUCUCCAAGAUAUCUCAGCUUAUCAAGAAUGAAACCAACUGCUGGAAGCCAACUGUCUGCAUGAACUUCUGCUGUGAAUUCCUGUCCUUCGUGAAGAGUGUGGUCACAGAAGACAAUCCCAGGGUGGUGCACCUGUUCUCAUGGGAUCCACACCGAGACGUCACCUACUCCAUCCACAGAGACUCUCAGUACUCCUUCCUACCAGACUGGUACGUCAGGGAGAUGACCAGUUCAACCAGUCGUGAGACACACCACCACCACCCACCUCAGACCUGAUUCAGAACAAACCUGACAAUUGCCCGUAUUCACAGUGUCUCAGAGUAGGAGUGCUGAUCUAGAAUCAGUUCCCUCAUCCCAUUCAUUAUGAUUUAGUUGACAAAACUGAGCCUAGAUCAGCACUCCUACUCUGAAACGCUUUAUGCAUACAGGCCCAGGUUUUCACCUUAGACCAGUAUGGACUUCAAGCAAUACUUGAACACUGAAACCUGUUAUGAUAAUGAGGUAGAAACACACCAAGCACCCUGAAGGAGUAGGUGGGUUCUGACCGGUCGGUUGACGACUAUAAAGAAACCCCUUUUAUUGAACUUCCAUUUUCCUCCCAGAGUGGCUGAGUUAUAUAGUGUGGAUCAGCAUUCACAAACCAGCUUUUGGGACAUUCUCACAUAUGGUGUCCAGGUUGAAAACAUGUAUUUCCUGAUGGGUUGUGCCGUCUUUUUUAAAGUGAUGUAUUUACGUUUUUCACCUCAUCUCUGAUGUGUAUCUUUUUUUAAAUUACAAAAUUCAGUGAUUUGAAUGUAACAGUUGCGGUUUGAAGUGUCUGCUCAAACUGUUGAACAAUAUUUCCAUAACAAGAUUUUUCAUUUCCCAAUCAAACCUUUUAUUAUUAUUAACCCCAUGGGUAUAUCAAUAAGUUAUCAUGUCCUGAAAAUAAGUACAUUAAUUCAUUAAAUUUUGUUAAAAAUCAGCACAGUCAGUAUGCGAUGUGUGUCAUCCAUCUUUACAGUGCUAUCAACAGAUCUGGUCCAUCACAGUUGCUAGUUCCUAGAUUUGGAGGCACUUGGCAUAAAGAAAGUACAAUCUCAAGAAUUCCAGUGAACAGUGACAAUGCAUGAGAACAUCACAUAGGUUUCAAAAUGUUGCAGUGCAAUUAUAAUUAUCCCUCCCAAAUGUACAUGUAUUGAUUCUUCUAGUUGGCCCAUUUUCAUUUAACUAGUUUAGAUUUUAAUAUAAACCCCUUCACAUGUUCUGUGCAAGUAAAGUAGACAAGAUAUAUUCCAAGAUAGCAUGGAAAAAUUCAUAGUAUGUGUUUCGAUUUGAAAAAAUGUUAAGCACCAUCUAGAGAUUAAGAAUAUUUUAUUAUUUGUCCAAACUUAAAUAGGUUUGAUAUUACAAAAAUAAAUAUUCUGUUUUAUUAAAAAGUAUUUAUCAAAUUUCUCUAGAUAGACCCAACCAACUCUCCUUUUCAUCUGGGUUAUGUUCAUUAGGGCACGCAACAGAAAACGUUAAUGCAACGUAAAAUGAAAAUGAGUUUCUUAUUUGACAAGUCCAUGUAGUCCCUCCCUGUUUCAGUCCGGUUGGUGCCUAAUGAACACGAACCUGUUGAACAGCAAAACUGGUAAAACUGACUGAACAGUUUUGUGAAACAUGACGUAACACUCAUCUAAUACUGACACCCUAAAUAAAUAUUUUGUCUUGCAGAUGUUCUUCUAGGUUAAAAUCCUAUGGUAAAUCAGUAUUUUAAUAAUAACUAGGGCCCAGAGUUUUUCCUUGUUAGGUGGUUGGGGAAAACUCCUUUAAAUAAGAGAAGCACUUAGAAUAAUGGUUAUUGUAUUCUGAAUUAAAUCAUAAGACUGAUGUGAGGAAUGGUUAACUGGCUUCAUUAAAGGCAAUACAAGGUAAUUAUGACACAGUAGUAAAAAAAUUAAUAAAUGGGAUCCCCUUCUAGUAAGUCAUUGAAGCCAAGAUAUGUUUGUUGUAUUGGACGCGAAUGGACAUAAUGUAUGACGACUCAGGAAACUCAAGUCAUACAAAACUCUCAUAGCAUCCCAUGUUUUUUCUGUCCUGUGCCAAUAGUACCACAGAUAGCCUUUGUUUGAUCUGCUUGGCCAUUCAGCACAUAGGCACCAAACUGUCACAGCCAGCUGAGAAAUCAACACCUACCUUUCAAGAGCAGUAACAUCUCUCCGGAAAGGGUUCACAGUGGUCCUAAUGCAGGGCUGAAGGAGCACUGUGACAUAUACAGAGUUUUAAAUAUAAUACAGUCAUGUGUGCAAAUGCCUUGAUGCUUCACUCAAGCCCUCAAGGUUCUUGAGAAUAUUGCUCUUAACUAGCUUGUGUGUUACUAGUCAGUUGACUACAGCAGAAACACUUUUUGGCAUCUGCUUGCCAAACAACUAUUUGGCAAGUCAAUGUCUAAACCAAAAGGAGUUGGCUAGUAAAGCUGAUAGUUCUUAUCAGCACUCCAAAGUAAUAGGGGUGGAGAAAGCAUAACUGACAG